AUGUCUGUCGACAAGCCGGAUGCGGCGGGCCAUUUGCCCAUCGGUGAACAUGGGGCAACAGACGGCCCGACUGCGCUUGGAAGAAAGCGCAAGUCGCCCGAUGACGACGCGAGUCCAGGCAGUGGGAAGACGUCAGGUUUCCGCUCGGAGCAUGUCGAGAAGAAGAUAAAGCUGGCCGAUGUCCACGCAGAGCAGUCUUCCCGAUUAUGGCCCGUAGCCAGCAGCCCCCUGAGCCGAGACAGGUCUCUCUUGCCCCCGGAGAUCUGGCACCAUGUCUUCACCUUUUGCCCGCCCAAGACGCUUGGCAAUCUUCUUGCUGUCAACAAGCUCUUCAACUUCUACCUUGAUCCCUCGUCAUCGUUUAAAAAAGAGCCGCAUCCCUCUGCAUCGUUAGGCGCACUCGGCCGUCUGGAGCCCAAUGCCAUCUGGCAAGCGUCGCGAAGACUGUUCUGGCCACAGUUGCCGGCCCCCCUACGGUCAAAAACCGAGCUUGAGAUGUGGCGGCUUGCAUGUUCCCCUAGGUGCCAAGUUUGUGGCAAGCUUCCCGCUCAAGGCUCGGCUUCCCGUAACCCUCGCAGUCCUGGUCCCUGUGCCGACGGCGUGGCCGCCAUCUGGGCCUUUGGCAUUCGCACGUGCGCAGCCUGUCUCCUGAAAGGCUCGGAAAAGGAGGUUGACCUGGAGAUAUCGCCCUCCAUCCCCUCGGCGAUUGUCCCUGCGCUCCCCUUCGUUUUCCUCACGCAAGAGCGCAGUGUUUUGUCGCCGACUACGCUCGAGUCCAGUCAGCCACCGGGAGAUAUGCAGCUCACAAAACUGUUUUCAAAGGCAGACGUCGAAGCCCUAUUGAAGGAAUUCCUGCAAGUCAAAGACAUGGGCCAAGGAACCGUUGCCGAAUGGCUCAAGGGUCUCCCGGGAAGAGGCGCCAGCUUACAGCACGAGGCAACGAAAUGGGAGAAGUGGGAACUGUCCGGAGGUGUCGUGAGGAUGUGCUCGCUGCUGUAUCCGGGGUACGAAUCAAAGACCACAAGCCGGUCUUCCCUGAAGUCAUCGAUCAAUCCCGCCAUUACCUCGACGUCAGCGCACGGUCGCCACGAACGAACCGCCGAGGAAGCUGCAGAGCUCAAGGCGGCCAGGAGGGCAGAGAUCGAGCGACGAUGUUUGCUUCUAUCCCCGCCGCUAACCGCCGACGUCCUCCGCCACAUCCCCUCAUUUCAAGCCGCCACUCAGAUCGUUGCCGACUUGACUGAUGACGCAUGGGAGCGUCUUAAACCGCGAUUGCUAGCUCAGCGAGCAGAAGCAGAAAAAAACCUGGAGGCUGAGCGCGUAGCCGGGCUCAAGGACGGGCAGCAGACCCGGGAACAAUCGAAGCUCCAGGCCACGCUGGCGGCGGAUAAGGAGGCUCGAGACCGGGUCGACAAGGAGUGGGAGGACGUGCAAGCUCCACUGCGUGUGAAAAUCGCCGGCUAUGCAGACGAAGUCUUGCGCGAGAAAUGGGGAAAGGGCAAGAAGGUGACCAGAGAGAACUGCUCAAGGUUUGCGGUCGACUCGCUCUUAUAUGUCCGGGAGCGAUUCUACGCCGACAUCGCCAAGGACGUGGCGGAGGCGAAGGCUGCCGGGAAGACACCUACUCCCGACCCUCCCAAUGGACCUUUCACGCAGAAAUUGACGCUGGAAAACAUGAAGUGGAUCUUUGACACGAAGUUCAAACCCCACACCGAGCCUCUACGCAAAGAGCUGUUCUAUUGUAACGGAUGCGAGGGGAACUACAAGGCAUUCGGCUUUGAGGGCGUCAUACAACACUAUGCGGCAAAGCAUACCAGUGCCCUCAGUCUGGGGAGCAUUGUUGUGUACUGGAGGGCCGAAUGGCCAGAGCAUCCGCCGUUCUGCGCAGCACCCCGGUCAGCAAAACCUGCCUCAACCCGGCACACCCCAGGCGGCUUCGCCGUCAACGGAGGCGUCCCUCCCCCGGUCCAGUACGGUUACGCUCCAUCGGCAGCCGUCCCAAUGGCACCACCCCCCCCUUAUCCGCCUCCCAUGGGUUACGGAUACACUCCCCCACCGUACAACGUUCACUACCCGCAACCGCCGCCGCCGCCGCCUCCUUAUCAGCCACCACCUACGGCUCCUCCUCCAUUUGUACCACCGCCCGACUACGAGCCAGCACCAUCGCCUUAUAUACCCCCGCCCGCGCCCUAUUCGGCGUUUCAGCCUCCGGCUAUCACGUAUACUACUCCGGUUGCUGAGCCAGUUUCUCCAGGUUUCGUACCUACUCAAGGCGGACAGUACGGUUACCUGCAUGAACCGUAUCCAGCACAUAACGCAGCAACCCAGUACACUUCGCACCAGCCCUCGCCUUACCCCAGUCUCUAUCAAACCAAAGUGGAUGACAUUGCCCGCAAUGCUCGCGACGUAUGGCGAACGUUGGGCGAUAUCCGAGAUCUCCCUGGGGACAUAAGGGUGUUCACGACCAUCCACCAUUUGGUGAAGAGAUUCCAGUCUCGAUUCUACGAAACCCCGCCGCUAUCCAUGUUUAUCGAUGCUCUCUCUAACAACAGAGAGAUGCGUCCGGUCCGCAAUGUCAAUGGCCUGGCUUGCCGGGCUUGCCGCCUAGGGCUCGGCAAUGCAGCUUCGGCGGAGGAGGGUCGGAAAGAAUUCUCGCUACCCCAGCUGUCGAACCACUUCCAAUCCAAGCACAUUGAGCCACUGCAGAGGUCACAGGCGGGAGGCGGAACCCUGAAUUGGGUGACCGACAUGGUCCUAGUAUCCGAUCUUGCCGCUCUCCCAGGCAUCAUCUCCUCGGCUAACGAGCCCCAGAAAGCCCUGAUCUCGGCCGCAUUCCCCGCCGCAUUCGAAACGCGGCAUCACAAGGAGGUUCUUCUGAAGAAGACUCCCACCGAUGCACCGGAUACCUGCGAUGGAUCUCAGGCAGACAGCGGCGUCAUCUGUCGUUCCAGUAUUCCAGGGUCUAUGAAAGCUACCACUCCCGCCGAUCGCCGUUCCUCCGGCAAGUCACCUCACAGCACAAUGCCGAGUGCUCCUCCAGAGGACGACCGGUCAGCGCACAGUGGUGUUGGUCGGCAAUUUUCGCAUAGCUCUGGACAUAAUCUCGGGCCGAGCAGGUUCGACGAUCGGAAGAGGACGAGUAGCAAGUCGAAACGCGGAGAAUCACAGGGCAGGUCAUUCUCUAGCGACCGGGAGCCCGAGAUGGCGUACCGGGAGGAUGAAGAGACAAAGAAGCCCAAAGACGAAGAUGGGCACACUGUGCGUCCUGCCGGCCGAGCCAGCACCCCUCCACCAGGCUUGAACUCCACAAGGCCCGAGAAACCAGGGAUGGAUGUUGGGCUUCAGGAUCAGAGAUGGCUUGAGCAGGAAACAAGGGCGUCGCGGCGACCCGAUGACAGAUACCCGCCCCCUUCAUCGAACGAAAGGGGAAAGCCCAGCAUCACGGCAGCGCUAGACUCAUACCUUGAAAGAAUCCAGUCGCCGCAGGCACAAACACAAUAUGGGACACCGGAUGCUGCACUGUACAGGGACUACCGUGGUUCGGAAGAGGAUCGAAACCCUCGGCCAGGUCCGAGGGCGCAUGAUCGAUAUGGUCGCAGGGAUGUUGGGACGAGAUCUCCGCCACCCGCUGGCAGAUUUAGAAGUGCUAAUGAGGGACAGGCUGGCCCCUUGUAUAGAGGCCGGCCGGUGGCGGUUGAGGAGAGGCAAGAGGACGCGUACAGCCCUCGACGAGCUGAACCGAGCUUCGUCGAACCAUUACCGCGCCAUGCCGAAGCAGAGCGUUUCGCCUUGCCGGCUCAUCCGCCCAAUGAACACAUCCGGGAUAGGGCGGCUCCAGAAGUCGAUCAUCACCGGUACCGCGAGGAUGUGCGCAUGCAUCCAAGAGCGGCGGUUGAGACAUACGAAAUCGUGCAUGUCAUUGACGAACACGGUGAGUAUUACAUUCGGCGGCCGGCCCGACGCGACCCAGAUCCGCGAUACGUGUACGAGGAGCGAAGGGUCCGCCACGGCCCCGAUCACUAUCCUCCUCCUCCUCCUCCUCGUGAGCCAGUCUACGUUCCUACGCACCGGCCGAGCUUGGCCCGGUUCAGUGCGGCGCCAAGUAUUCGACCGGGUGACCAGCGGGUUGACCCGGCGUACUGGGAGGAAUAUGACCCCCGAUUCCCAGCUGGUUGA